CAAGUCACCCAUUUUUACUCCACCCGCCCCCCCUGCUCUGCUCUCCGGUAACUGCGCCGCCGUUAGUCCUCUUCUUCCUCCCGGUCUUCUCCCGUCGCCUCUCCACUGGCUGGGUCUUCGCGGGCAGUCUCCAUUUCUUUAACCUUCACCCCCCGCACGACCCCCACUCCUCCUCCACCACCUCCCUCUCUCUCAGGAGCCUUUCUUGCUUGCCUUCCCUCACAUCCGCCGCCGCCCGCAACCACCUCCAGAGCCAGCCGUCGGAACAUUUCUCCCACGGAGGGGAAGGGGAGAGGACGACCCAUGACGAGCCCCACGGGGAGAAGCCACUAGUCCAUGACGACCGGAGGCCGGCCGCCGGUGGAAUGAAUGGCAGAUCCCGUCGACAUCGACAAGGCACUUAUUGCUUUAAAGAAAGGCACCCAGCUGCUUAAAUAUGGUCGCAAAGGGAAGCCAAAAUUUACUCCCUUCAGACUAUCAAAUGAUGAAUCAACGCUUAUUUGGAUCUCUGACAACACAGAGAAAAGUUUAAAACUAGCUUCUGUGUCCAGAGUUCUAUCAGGACAAAGAACGCUGGUUUUCCAACGUUUUCUGCUCCCUGAGAAAGAUCAUUUAUCCUUCUCACUCAUAUAUAAUGAUGGAAAGCGAUCCCUUGAUCUGAUCUGCAAGGAUAAGGUUGAAACACAGGUGUGGUUUACAUGCCUUAACGCAUUGAUAUCUCCAGGACAACACGGAUCCCAGCCACAAUACACUGAUGGAAUGCGCACUGGUGCCCUUUCUUUUGAUUGUGGCAGAGAAAGCAGCCUAAGCAGUAGCUCUACUUAUACCACGGAUUCUCUCGAGAACAAGUUGAGCUCAGCAAAUUCUACCAAGGACCGUUCAUCUGGAGAAUAUACAUAUUCAGAGAGGACAGAUGCGUCAGAAAUGCAAGUGAAAAGUGCUUCUUCAUCAGACAUUCGAGUCAGCGUUUCCAGUGCCCUCAGCACUUCAAGCCAUGGUUCUGGCGAAGAUUCUGAAUCGUUUGGGGAUGUUUAUGUCUGGGGAGAAGUCAUGUGUGAUACCACUUCAAGGUCAGGGUCUGAUGGAAAUGUGCACGGUCCUGGUGCAACUACUGAUAUUCUUGUACCAAAGCCCUUAGAAUCAAAUGUAAUGCUUGAUGUCAGUUAUGUGGCUUGUGGUGUGAAGCAUGCUGCACUUAUUACAAGACAGGCAGAGGUAUUUACAUGGGGAGAAGAAUGCAGUGGCAGGCUUGGUCAUGGGGCUGGUACAAGCAUUUUCCAACCACGUCUACUGGAGUCAUUAUCAAUCUGUAACGUUGAAAUAAUUGCUUGUGGUGAAUUCCAUACUUGUGCUGUUACUGCAACAGGUGAUCUUUACACUUGGGGAGAUGGUACCCACAAUGCGGGACUCCUUGGUCAUGGUAGUACCGUGAGUCACUGGAUCCCAAAGAGAGUUUCAGGUCCUCUGGAAGGCCUUCAGGUUUCAACCGUCUCUUGUGGUACAUGGCAUACAGCUUUGAUAACUAGUUCUGGACAGUUGUACACGUUUGGUGAUGGUACAUUUGGAGCCUUAGGUCAUGGAAAUCGAGAAACGAUCUCGUAUCCAAAAGAAGUGGAGUCUUUGAAGGGUUUGAGGACUAUUUCUGUUUCAUGUGGGGUGUGGCAUAGUGCUGCUGUUGUUGAGGUUAUCAUGACACAGUCAAAUGCUUCGUCUGGAAAGCUAUUUACCUGGGGAGAUGGAGACAAAUAUCGCCUUGGGCAUGGUGACAGGUCUGCAAAACUCAAACCAACAUGCGUGCCUUCACUGAUAGAUUACAACUUCCAUAAGUCUGCAUGUGGCCAUACUCUUACGAUUGGAUUGACUACUUCAGGGCACAUGUUUACUGUAGGGAGCUCUGUCUAUGGACAGCUUGGCAAUCCCAAUAACGAUGGAAGGUAUCCACGUCUGGUAGAAGAUAAGGUUGGAGGCGGUGGUGUUGUGGAGGUUGCCUGUGGAUCUUAUCAUGUCGCAGUCUUGACAAACACCGGUGAAGUUUACACAUGGGGUAAGGGUGCAAACGGAAGAUUGGGUCACGGUGAUAUUGCAGAUCGUAAGGUACCUACACUUGUUGAGGCUUUAAGGGACAGGUCUGUAAAACGCAUUGCUUGUGGAUCAAGCUUUACAGCUGCAAUCUCUCAACAUAAAUGGGUGUCUGGCGUGGAGCAGUCUCAGUGCUCGGCAUGCAGACAGCCAUUUGGGUUCACUCGAAAGAGGCACAACUGCUACAAUUGCGGCUUAGUGCACUGUCAUUCAUGCAGUUCAAAAAAAGCUCUAAGAGCAGCAUUGUCUCCUAAUCCUGGAAAGCCAUAUCGUGUAUGUGAUUCAUGUUACAUGAAGCUAAGUAAAGUCUUGGAUUCUGGUGUCAGUUAUAGCAGGAACACUAUACCUCGCAUACCAGGUGAUACCAAGGCUGAGAGAAUGGACACAAAGGCAACCAGAGUUGCAUCAGCUACUAGUUCAGAUAUGAUCAAGAAUUUAGAUGUGAAGGCAGCAAAGCAGACAAAAAAGUCUGACCAUGCUCCACAGUUCCCUGCAAUUUUGCAGUUGAAAGACAUCCCUUUUGUCGGACCAGGUGACCUGAACAAUACAGGUUCUACAGUAUCAAAUGGAUACUCUAAUGACACCAGAUAUGCUCCACAGAUUUUAAGAAUGCCGCAUCUAAAUUCCUCGAGCUCUUUGUCCUCUGAAAGCAUCGAGAGUUUCAGGGAGGCGAAUGAACUUCUGAAGCAAGAGGUUCAGAAACUACGAGCUGAGGUAUGUUUGGUUUUAAUAUUUUAUUGCUGUAACUAUAAAACAAGCAGAGAAACGGAGUCCUUAUGCCUGUAUAUGAAUCAGGUUAGUAGCUUGAGACAGGAACGUGAACAGCAAGAUAAUGAGUUGCAGAAGUCGGAGGCAAAAGCCCAUGAGGCGGUGACACUUGCUGCUGAAGAGGUGUCCAAAUCGAAGGCUGCAAAAGAGGUUAUAAAAUCACUGACGGCACAGGUAAAAGAAAUGGCUGAGAGGCUUCCUCCAGGAGAGCAUGACAUGAAGCCACCACGGGUUGUGUAUCUACCUGGUGGUGUAGUUUCUCCUGAAAUUGGGGGGAGAGAAAGCCAGAAGAGAUAUCAGCCAGGAGGCAUUCAUUAUUCCCAAACACCGACUUAUGUUGCGUCUGCUCGGGUUAAUGGGCUCCCUCCACAGGUCCAUCAGACAAGCAACCCCGGUGAUAACGCGAUGGUUCCACACGAGAGCAUGUUUGAAAACUUCAACAAGAGCAAAGAUUUCCCAGCUGCUGCUGCUCAACAGAGGACGAACGGUGGGUACCGUCCAAGAUCAGAGGAUUUUGAUCGGAGGGAAACAGAAAGGUUCCAAAUAAACCUACAAGGUUGGAACACGAGAGGCUCUGGUUCACCCAGUAAUCAGGUCGAAGCAGAGUGGAUAGAACAGUAUGAGCCUGGGGUGUACCUAACCCUAGUCUCUCUUCACGACGGAACCAAAGAGCUGAAAAGAGUGCGGUUCAGUAGGAGAAGAUUCGGAGAACAUCAAGCGGAGUCAUGGUGGAGCGAGAACCAUGAAAAGGUGUACGACAAGUACAACGUGCGGAGAACCGACCGCAUCUCUUCUGUGAUGACGUCUUAAUUAGUUCCCGCGCCUGCAAUUUUCGCUAGAUGUCCAUCCGGUAGUGCAGCAUGCUUCCAUUCUUUACCGUUUCGUGCGCGGCACUCAUCAAGAAAAGAGAAAAAGGCGGAGCUGAAAUUCAAGCUACGGAUGAUGCGCUCAUGGCUAAGCCUGCUCGUCAGUGUGGCGCGCAUGCAGUCUGAAUUAUCCGGGGCUCUCAAUCUCUCUGUCUGACUAUCCCCAAACGUGUAUUGUUGUUGUUGUGGUUGUAUAGAAGCACAAAUGAUAUUCAUUUCACACGGUUGGCACCUAACAGGAGGCAGUUAUGUGCUGUCAUUGCUCUUCUGACCACCAUGAUACAGCAAGCCUCCAUGUAUGUAUAUUCCUUUGCUGGAUUAAUAGAUGAGCUGGAGGAGAUCAGGAGAAAGCUCUUCCAGCUUUGCUGUUCUGAA